AUGACGUCUCCAGACGAGGGCCUUGAACCCUUUCCGCCCCUUCCAAGCCCAUCGUCAAGUUUUGACGGAGCACAUCCAUAUAAAGCCAACGACAUACCCCCGGGAAUCCAUGCUGCUCGCCCCAGUUCAUGCAACAACGCGUCGGUGCCCUUUGAUGAUGAAAAAGGGUCACAAGAGCCGCCGGUGCCGCUGACACGACAGGUCACUGAGCUGGGUCCAGCAGUCAAGAUACCACGCUCGAAGCGCAGAGGCCUCCUGGCCCAAGUGACUCUUGUCGCGGAAAUCGAGAACCCCAAGACCUAUUCUCGAAAGCUCAAAUGGUUCAUCACCUUCAUCGUGGCUGUCGCAGGUGCCACGGCCCCAAUGGGCUCAUCUAUAUUCUUCCCUUCCCUAUCCCAGGUGACCAAGGAGCUGCAUACGAAGACGACCAUCACCAACUUGUCAAUUGCCUUGUAUAUGCUAAGUAUGUCGAUUUUCCCUCUCUGGUGGUCUUCCUUCAGUGAACGACUUGGACGACGAACGAUCUAUUUGGCUUCGUUUGCGCUCUUCGUGCUGUUCAACUGCCUCUGUGCCAUCUCUCAGUCGAUCGCCAUGCUCAUUGUCAUGCGCAUGUUGAGCGGUGGUGCAUCCGCUUCUGUUCAAGCAGUGGGCGCCGGAACGAUCGCUGAUCUAUGGGAGCCUCGCGAGCGCGGUCGUGCAAUGGGCAUCUUUUACUUGGGGCCACUCUGCGGACCGCUAUUUGCCCCCAUUGUGGGUGGACUUCUCGCUGAUCGUUGGGGCUGGAGGAGUACCAUGUGGUUUCUUGCCGGCUAUGGUGCCCUGACGCUGGUCUUUAUCUUGUUUGCCCUGCCCGAAACGCUCGUGGUACGGAAGCUUGUACUCCCGGAGACAACGGAAGCCGACUCGCUGCCCACGGCUCGUACGCUGAGCCGCGUGUCUUCACGACAGGUACUGGGAAUCACAACGAGUUGGCUGAAGACGCUCAAAAUGAUCUUUCUUGAUCCUUUGAAGAUUGUUCUUUAUCUGCGAUUCAUUCCAGUGCUGCUGAGCGUUUACUACGCAAGUAUUGCUUUCGGCUCGCUCUAUGUCCUGAAUGUCAGUAUUGAAGGAACAUUCGGCAAAGCACCAUACAAUUUCAGUACGAUUAUAAUCGGUCUGCUUUAUAUUCCAAAUUCCAUCGGGUAUGUGGUUGCGAGCUUGUUCGGUGGCCGAUGGAUGGACAGCAUCAUGCAGCGCGAGGCCAAAAAGGCAAACCGGUACGACGACAAGGGGAGGCUAGUAUUCCGCCCCGAAGACCGGAUGCGCGAGAAUGCUUUGCUUGGAGCCUUCCUCUACCCAGCCGCCCUCAUCUGGUAUGGGUGGACUGUCGACAAGGGCACAUACUGGCUAGUUCCGAUGAUUGCCAACUUCUUCUUUGGCAUCGGUUCCAUGCUGAUUUUUAGUAUGGUGACUACCAUGUUGACUGAGUUUAUGCCGAAGAAAUCAUCGGAAGGAGUUGCUUUGAACAACUUUGUGCGCAACAUCUUCUCUUGCGUCGGCUCACUGGUGACAGCGCCCGUGAUCAGUGGCAUCGGCAACGGGUGGCUUUUCACCAUCCUCGGGCUGGUUGGCUUUGCAAGCAGCUCGGUCAUUUUUCUGAUGCGUGCCUUUGGUCCUCGCUGGAGAGAGAUCAUGGACGCUCGAAUGAAAUGA